AUGGCUUCUUCCAAAUUGGGUUGUCUAAUGGCGUCUAUGAUCAUGGAGCAAUCGGUCACUAGGUUGGGAUUACCUCCCGUCUGGUCGGAGUUUUCGUCGAUCCCGGCGAGUCGACUCGUCCACACUUCGACUCAGCGAGUCUGUAUCCGGUGCACCCGGGUAUACCGUAUACCCCCACCAAACACACGCGUUACACGCGCUUAA